AUGUCGAACGACAACACGACGCUCAACGCUGAGACCAUGGCUACGCAAACUGCAGAGCCCGAUCUUCUCGAUCGCAUGCGCCGCUUGUCUGUUGGAUCGAGCACCUCUUCGUACUCCCUCAUCUCCGAAGCCCCAAGCGUCCUGUCUCUUGACACCAACGGCUCCGUCAACGGAGGAGUAUCUAUCAACGUGCCCACUAUCGAAGUCCUCGAAACUUGUCUCGAAGCACUCACCACCGCCGAUGACAAGCUAGACUCUUCGAUCUACCAUGAGGCAAACACUAGUCUCGCAGUCCAAACACACACAUCCGACCAAGAACCAGAUGUAUUAACGAAAGACACCCAAUCGCAAUCGCCCAGUCCAUACACAUCCAACCAAGACCCAGAUGAACUAUCAACAGAGCCCCAGCCCCCCUCACCCAGCCCCUUCUGGCUCCAAUUUCCCGGCUUCGACCCAGCCCCUACAUCCCCCUUCAAGCAAGAAUUCGCCCGCCUAUCCAAGCAUCAAAAGUGGACCCAGACCGAGCGACGCGAGCAACAAGUCAAAGCACUCGCAGCAGAAAUCGCACACCAUUAUGGUACACACUUGAAUAAGUUGGACCGAUGGCAGCAACUUUGUGAAGAUGUGGGUGUUGAUGUUGCUCCGAAGUCGGUGACGCAGUGUCGGAAGAUCAUGUCACCCGUAAUGGUCAAUCUGUACAACGUGCUCGACCAUCGGCGCAAUCCAGAGGUCAAGGUCUUGCGGUUUCGGUCGUAUGGGCAGUUUGUGAGGUAUACGCGUGCGGGGCACACGUUUCCGAGGGAGUGCGCGAAGGGGGAUGGACUGUUGAAUGUGUUUUUGAGGAAGAUUUGA